AUGCCGUUCUUAGCUCUUGAGUUCAAGAUGAACAUGGUCGGCGUUACCAACUUGCGAAUUGAAGACCCUAUUGAGUAUCGUUGGUUCAUCAAGGUAAAAUGUACAGGAUGUGGAGAAAUCCCCCAAGUUUGGCAGUAUGUUGUCAUUGAAGAGCUUGUACCUAUCCCAGAAUCGAAAAGUGAGGCUCACUUGGUCGAGAAAUGCAAUUUCUGCAAUCGCGUCAACUAUCUUUGCAUUGUCCCAUCAACUAUGAAUAAUUACAAAAUUGAAAAAAAUCGAGAAUUUCAACAAGUGGUCAUCUUCGAAAGUAGAGGAAUGGAACCUGUUGAGUUCGAUUUGAGAAGUGGUUGGACUGUAGACAGCGUUCACUCUCCUGUUGUUUUCCAGGAUAUUGAUUUGGAGGAUCGGGCAUGGGCCGAUUACGAUGACAGGGAGCAUAUCCCAGUUGAAAUUAAUGAAAUCGAGUAUCGAUUCACUCCUACUACAAUGGGAAAGAAGAAAAAAAGAUAA